AAUCGUUUUUCGCACUUAUGCGUGGCAUUGGUGGGUAAUUCUCGCCAACUUCAAGGGUAAUUUAAAUGACGAUGAACAGGCGGGCAGAAGCGAUAAUCGCUUUAUUAUUAUAUAUAGGGAAAGAUUUUGUCUCCUACGGGUCGUUCUACGUCUAGUUGUGUAACUAUUGUAGGCUUUUAUUAUUUUCUUAAUUCCAUGUCCAGUUGUCUAUGUAAUACUUAAAAUAUUAAUCAGUGAACUAAAAAAAAUAUAAAAAAAGAAAAGAAAAAGCGAGCCUCCUUCCCCGAGCGCGAGAUCUAGGGUUCAUAGUAGCCGCCGGCCCACCGCCGCGGCUCGCCCAGUCGGCCGAAGCCUCCGCUGCCCGGCCGCAGGUACAGGAUCCCAACAGCGCUUCGCUCCGUCGGGCAGCCGUUCCCACCAGCAGCGCCUCCCUCCCUGGAGCAGGCGCUCCCGCCCAGCAACGCCGCCGCCCGGAGCAACGCCGCCGACCAGUCCAUAGGCAGUUGGAACAGGGCAUCAAGAUUGUCAAUUGGAGGGGCUUGGAGCUGCUCCAGCAUCCACAGUAGAGCAAACAAGAAGGAGCCAGGUGUUGAUUGGAGAUGAAUGCCCCUGACCGCUAUGAGCGCUUCGUCGUGCCUGAGGGCACAAAGAAGGUGUCCUUUGAGAAGGAUACAAAGAUCAUGAAUGCUGCAUCUUUCACAAUUGAACGUGAGGACCACACCAUUGGCAACAUCCUCCGCAUGCAGCUGCACAGGGACCCAAAUGUUCUCUUUGCUGGCUAUAAGCUGCCUCACCCCCUUCAGUACAAGAUCAUUGUUAGGAUCCAUACUGCAAGCCAAUCCUCCCCAACGCAGGCGUAUACCCAAGCAAUCAAUGAUCUAGACAAGGAGCUCGAGAACCUGAAGCAAGCUUUUGAGGACGAGAAGACGCGAUUCGAAAGGAUGAAGCAGGGCUACUAGGCCGCUGGUGUUGGAUGCUAAUUAACGUGAAAUCCUUGCUAGUUUAUAUCUGAUGUCUGAACUGCGGUAGAAAGAAAAGAACUCAAGGAUUGUCGAUGAGUCUGAACUCGUAGAGUAUCUGCAUGUGCGACCGGGAUUGCGUAUGAUUGUACACUUGAUGCGCCUGCUAGCUGAAUUGCUCGCUCUUGUGAGGUUGGAUAGAGGGUACGGACCGAGUUUGAAGCAGUCCUUGGAUCAUUUUGUACUGUACUACAUGAAUUUUAUGCCAAUGUAAUGUAACCAACUUAAACGGGU